AUGAAUUCCAAUGUCACCACAAGCCGUGACAAGCUCGGUGAAGUUCAAUAUCUUCAAAUAGUAAUCCAUGCUUCUUUUAUUGGAGUAGCGUCUAUUAUUCUUAUUGUUAUGAAAUACUGCACUAAACUACGUUACUACGACCACAAAACCUUGAUACGUUAUCCCGGACAUAAAUUCAAAUGGGCAAUUUCGGGAUUGCUUCUAACAGUGCUAUUCUUUAGUGUGGCUGAUGGAAUCCUUACUGACCUUACUAGAAAUGCUACCAGUGAUCCAUACUUGUACAUUCCGCAACUGUUAGCAGUGAUCAGUGUAGUACUAAGUUUGGUGUAUUACCAUCAUAUGGAGCAUUGGAAUCGACCUCAUCUUGCCUGGUGGAUGUUACUUUACUGGGUCAUGGCUAUUAUUGGAGAGCUAUUAGCAAUAUUAAGACUCUCUGAGUAUUUAGGAGGAUUUAAUGGCACUAUGAUGCGUUUAGACAUCAGUAUUGUUGUUAUUAUUUUAUAUACGUGCUGUGUAGUUGCUGAAAUUAAUGUUCUCAAAACUAAGAAUUCCCCAUUUGUUACCAUUGAGGAGUUCUUCACUAACGGUUUUAUUCUUGUGUUGGUGGCCAGUAUUAGUAUUCUAAUGAAAGCUGUACUAUGGGCGCAUUCAUUUGGCGAUUCCGUCGAUAUUGGCAUUUCUUUAAACUCAGCUAUUCAGAAUCAUGUAUAUGAGAAAACUCUACGAUUAUCAUCACAGUCGACAGAUGAAUUAUCUGUUGGACAAACCGUCAAUCAUAUAGCGGUUGAUGGAGCUGCAGUUCAGUGGUUCUUCAUAUAUUUCGGCUUCAUGGUUUGUAAUCCUAUUCAAGCAAUUAUUGUUUGUGUUUGGCUAUUCAAUUCAAUGGGAAUAUCAGGAGUGAUUGGAGCAUCUAUUGUUGUUCUGGCAGUGCCAUUUUUAUUAGGAUUUGGUGAUAUGCAAGGGAAGUCUCAUCGCAGAAGUUUGAUUUACUCUGAUGAGCGUUUGGAAAAGACCAGCGAAGUGCUUCAUGGCAUAAAGUUACUGAAAUUGUAUGCAUGGGAGGAAUUGUUUUCAACUGGUAUUAAAAGUAUACGGAAUAAAGAAAUGAAACAGAAACAAUGCGUUGGAUUAUAUUUCCUGCUAUCGAGAACAUUAACUAUAAUAGUUGGUAAAGUUGGUUCUGGUAAAUCGUCUCUACUAUCUGCCAUAUUGGGAGAAAUGUACACAAUAACUGGAAGCGUGAAGCUUUACGGGUACUUUACAGUGCUGGAUGUGUGUGCACUAAAUCCAGAUUUACAAAUAUUACCUGGAGGAGACUUGACAGAAAUUGGGGAGAGGGGGAUUAAUUUAAGUGGAGGACAGAAACACAGAAUUAGUUUAGCUAGAGCGUUGUACAGCAACACAGAUAUAGUUAUACUGGACGACCCUUUAUCAUCUCUGGACGUCCACGUGAGUGAAUACGUCAUGGUAAAUGCUAUAUUUGGAUUGCUUCGUGACCAACAACGAACAGUUAUUCUUGUAACGCAUAUGAUUCAGCAUCUGGAACAUGCUGAUCAGGUGUUAGUGAUGGAAGAUGGUCAAAUAGUACAAAAUGGUAACAUGAAAGAAAUACAAAAACAAGAUAUAAGGCUAUAUAGACAAUGGCAGGAAAUGGUUUCAGAAAUUUCCGAAUCACAAAGUGAACGUUCAAAAGAAACAACUGUAACACGUAUUGAAACAUCAACAUCAACUUCAUUUGAUCUCCAACGACACAUAAAUG